UCUACCCGCUCAAUCUUCCGCCACAUCAGAGAGUCCAACAAAGUCAACACGUCAAAAUGCAUCCUCAUCUACACACGGAAGAAAACAUUGAGUGCGCCGAAGUCAUGAAUGCACUCGAGGAGUGCCAUGCCAGAGGAUUCCUUUACAAGUCCCUCGGAAACUGCAACGAUGCGAAGCGUAAAGUUUCGGAUUGUCUUUAUGCGGCGCGCAUGAAGCGACUCGACAACAACAGAGCAGCUGCUAGGACCAAGAAGGAAGAAUACCAGAGAAGGGUCGAUGAACUCCACAAGUCGCUCAGCUUGGACAAUUACGAAUACCACUAUGGCACUGUUGCAUUUUUGCACGACAUGCGUUCGGGGAUGGGAUUCCAUAGCAUGGCGCGACCAAGAUUCGGGAUAAUUGUUACACGGCGCGGGGUAUAUGGUCUGGGCAGCUCACGCUGGGAGAACGCAAGACACAACGGCCACCCUUGGUAG